GCGAUAAAAUUGUAUCACAGCUGAACACAUCUACUGAUAACUUAUCACCUGCAUUAUUUUAUGGAAAAAGUGUGCGUUCGACGCCGUUUCAUACGAGGCAUGUGAGUGAAAUGUGCGGCUCUGAAACUAAAACAAUGUGAUCGAUGAAUAACAUAAUGGCUCAUUGGCUGUUACUUUUUAGUUUAUUUAUGUGUAUUUAUGCUGAAAAUAGUGACAGUGAAGGAUGCGGUCCAAAAUGUUUCGGUCCUGAAUAUAUAUGCCUCAGCAGUCAAUGUUUUUGCGCAGACGGCUACCUACCCAACCGCUAUCAGACAUCCUGUGUCAAAUGUCCAGGACUGGGCGAAAAAUGUUUUGGACCGUGUUGCAACCCAAAUGGAAACACUAUUCUACACUGUUGGCACGGGAUCUGCCAACCCUGUACGGACAGUUACGGCAAAUGGAUUUGCCGUGACUCUUUGGACCAAAUAUUGUUGGUGACGACAUCACAGGCAAUCAUGGGAACUGCGCUCAUUUUGGGGAUUAUUGCGACGUUUGUAUUGCUUUUCAAAUUAUGCGCCACAGCAGAUAUAAGGCCAAUAGGCAGUGCUUCUAACUACAACAACGGUCGACUAUCAAUCGGCAGUUUGCAGCUUUACGUCGACGAGAGGCUGCGAAACGCUCCUCCAAGAUAUUCAAGAACACCACCGACCGACCCACCCAUGUAUCCAGCUAUAACAUACAUCAAUGAUGGUUUUGUACACGAUUGCAGUGUUCCUCCUCCUCCAUAUACAGAAGAAGUCAAAGAAGAAAAUCAACAACCAACAAAUAGAGGAAACACCGCGUUACAUAUAUAACACAGCUACGUCCAGAAACUCGUUCACACUGAAUGAAGAUGGGUACUUGUAGAAAAUUAAUGGAACGAUUAAUCUAUAUUUUUUAAUCUAUAGGCUUUGGAGAUUUUUUAAACUACCAAACAGCAAACAGGCAUACAUCUCACCUGAUGCUGCGUGGUCACUGCAACUUAUGGGCGCCUGUAACAUCAGCGUAACAUAUGCACGUUGAAAUUUCAACAACUGGGCAAUAUUAUCUCCUGUAGUCAAGCAGGUGGUGGCCAGUUGUAAAAACAACCAAAUUUUCAAAAUUGUAGGGUUUAUAUAUUCCGCGGUCUCAGGGUUUCGCGGGGUUAGUUCCAAAUGCAACGUGGAAUAUGCAAGGAUUGAACAGAGCAUACAUCAAGGAUGAUUUUUCUGGCCAUAUGGCGCAUUGUAAACCUGACAACCUUGAGAAGCUCAUCUUGCUGAGUCAUGACUUCGAAGUCAAGGAAGAGCAAGACAUGGACGAAUAUGAUAAGGACUUCAACACGCAGCAAAGUCCACCAGGCUUUAAAGCAGGCACAAGAGAGCCACCACUUCUAGUGUUCAUGACCCACGGCCAUUAGGAUAUUGAUUAAAAUUACGAAUAAAGAUAUAAAAGGGUGAAUUUUUUAAGCGCCUUGAACUCCGCCGCGAGCUCUCUUUGGUGUUUAUUAAAUUGUACCAUACACAGUAAUCAAUUUAAUUAUCCUAUUUUAUAAAUAAGUAAGUAUUGGUACAAUGUUAAUUUUAUAAAUGUUAAUUUUUUUUAAUAUUCUUAAUUUAAAAAAUAUGCGACACUAUUAAACGCUACACGCCGCGUUAAAAUGGUCGUGAAAUUCACCCAAAAGUAGUUUUGGUAUGACAGCCCUGGUGCGUAGGUCUACCUGCCUAUUUGGAAUAGCGGCACAAGUGUUUUGUCGAGUGGUCUCUGUAACCACCAAAUUUAUCUAUGGUGUAAUCUUUUAAAUCCCAGUGUUGAUGACACAACUUAUUUAAUUUAGUUUGAUGGAUUGUACUUAAUUGUAAUAUAUAUAAAUAAUUAAAUUUACAAUUGUAUUUUACCAGUUAUUAAACAUAUUAAACCAAAUGUCUGUGAUGAAAAAAUAUGUGUGUUUAUAUAAGUAUUCAUAUUAAUUGUAAAAAAUAAUAAAUUCUAUAUUGUAAGUAACAUGUGAUGAUGAAGUAAAUAUAGCCUAUUAUUUGCCAACCAGCUUAAAUAUUUCAGAUAUAAAGUUCCUUGACUUUUUACUUAUGUUUAUUCAAGUAUGUAACAAAAAUUUGUUAUGUGUAAAAUUAGCUUCACUGAAGAAAACCAUUGUUACGGCAUAGAAAAGUCUAUUCAGUGUUGUUUUUACAAUGUCGCAAAUAAAUAGUAUGGUAGUUCAGUUGGUUAAAGUAGUAAGAGCAGCAACAACAUCACCCCGGUGCUCCCGUAACGUUCUCUCUGCUAAUGUUCUGGAGAUUUCCAUUUCUUUCACCUGAAAUAUUUACAAUAAAUCUUUGUACAAUCUA